UUGAUUCAAAUCCUUUCUGACUGGAACCAAGAACAAAAAAAACUUUCCGAGUUGUCGUUUUUAACUACCUAUUUCAGCUUCGGAAGUGUUAUAUCUGUCGUAGGAUGUGCUUGCAAUCUACUGCUACUAUUUGUCUUCCUGUCCAGGAGCUCCAGCAACCCAUUUCAGACUUUCCUUGCUUUCCUCGAUUUCAUGCUCUGUUUUUUGUUCAUCACCUGCUUUGGUGUGCUCACAUUCUCCGUGACUUUCAGGAUAGCAAUGAAAACGUACAAUGUGCACAUGCUUAUAGCAAGUCGGAUGGUUCAGUUGUGUAUUCCCUAUAUUCUGAUUGCUAAUACAGCCUUCCGAUUGUUUCUUCAUCUCUUCGUGUCAUUUGUUAUUCUGUGUGUCUUGAACUGUAUUGUGGUGAACAAAUUACGCAGUUCUCAUCGUCGGGCUAGAAGGCAAUCAGCUUGCCCAGCAAUUCUGCAUACUGUCAAGAUGUUCAACACACACCUCACACAGGUCGGCAGAUUUUCCGGUAAAAAAAAAGCUCAGACGCGUUCAACCAGAACAUGA